UUCCAUUUCAAAUCCAAUGCAAUUAAGUAACACAGAUUAAAGUUAUUAAUAUACACAAAUAAGGAAAAUCAAUUGAAAUUUUUCGAAACCAAAGUGCAGAAUCAUGAGCCAAGAACAACCACAGAGACCACGAGCAGAUCAAUUCCCCGAGCAACAACCAAUCAAAUACGGCGAUGUCUUUGACGUCUCCGGAGAAUUAGCAUCACAACCAAUCAAGCCAAGAGACGCAGCUCUCAUGCAGGCAACCGAGAAUCAAACCUUAGGACAAACCCAAAAAGGAAGCCCCGCUUCAGUCAUGCAAUCAGCAGCCGCAGUAAACACCGCAACCGGUCUUGUCCACCGCGACGAUAUCUCAGACAUAGCCAGAAACCAAGGUGUGAGUAUCUCCGAAACUAAAGUGGGUGGAAACCGCCUGAUCACGGAGUCGGUAGGGUCACAAGUUGUAGGGCAGUUCGUUGAACCUGAUGUGCCGAUGAAUGAUCCUGGUUUGGCUUUGGACAAGAGUGCUAUAACCAUUGGAGAGGCGUUGGAAGCUUCUGCUUUAACUCCAGCUGGUGAUAAGCCGUUGGAUCAGAGCGAUGCUGCUGCUAUACAAGCAGCGGAAAUGAAAGCCACAGGAAAGAACCAAACUGAGCCGGGUGGGUUGGGUGCAAUAGCUCAGUCAGCAGCAACUCGGAACACUCGUACUAUGCCUGAUCUGCAGAAAACAACAUUGGCUGAUGUCGUUUCGGGUGCGAGGGAGAAGCUGGGAGCAGACAAGGCUGUAACACGAGAGGAUGCGGAGGGGGUGAUUGGAGCUGAGCUUAGGAACAAAGCUGACAUGAGAACUACACCGGGCGGUGUGGCUGCAACGAUGGCAGCAGCGGCCACGCUCAAUCAAAACAAGAUGAGCGGGUGAUGUUUGCGGCGGAGGGAGAUUUCAGUCGCAGAUCAAUCAUGGUGUCUAAACAAAUCAAUGAAGACUGAGUUUUAGAGUCUUAAGUGUUGUUUUGUAAAACUAUAUUAGCCUUACUGCCACUAUGUUUUACUUGAAAAGAAAGUUACCUUUCCUUUUGUAGUGUUUUAAGGAAUAGUUUAUUCUACUAUAUGUACAUAUUUAGUUUGUGUGUACUUAAUCUUCUAAAUUUAAAUGAAUAUAAGAACUUCUAAUA